GUGUCAUUUCAAAUAAUCAAAUGAUUACAUAAGUCCAGGGGAAGAAAAAUCACUGCUUUUUACUGGAAGUUUCUAACAAAAAAUUGAUUUUUCUUGAUGUUGAGAGGAGUCUCCAUGGUGACAGCAAUAAGGAUUGUGUUGCUAUGUGUUUCUAUCUUUUGGGUCUCUCUAGAAGAAUGUGCUGGUAAAAGUGAUUUUUCAAGAAACUCCUCUUCUUCUUCUGCUUCACCUCCAUUAUUACAGAGGCCAAGCUCUGUAAACAUUGGAGCUCUCUUCACUUAUGACUCCUUCAUCGGAAGAGCGGCUAAACCAGCUUUUAAAGCAGCAAUGGAUGAUGUCAACGCUGACCAAACCGUACUUAACGGUAUAAAGCUUAACAUUGUCUUUCAAGACUCUAAUUGCAGUGGAUUUAUUGGCACCAUGGGAGCUUUGCAGCUGAUGGAAAACAAAGUAGUUGCAGCCAUUGGUCCACAAUCUUCAAGCAUAGCUCACAUGAUCUCCUACGUAGCUAAUGAGCUUCACGUACCUCUCUUAUCAUUCGCAGCAACGGAUCCAACGCUCUCCUCUCUCCAAUACCCUUACUUCCUCCGCACCACUCAGAACGAUUACUUCCAAAUGUAUGCCAUCACAGACUUCAUUUCCUACUCCGGAUGGAGACAAGUCAUUGCCAUAUUCGUUGAUGAUGAGUGUGGUCGCAACGGGGUAUCAGUUCUUGGCGACGCAUUGGCCAAGAAACGCGCGAGGAUCUCUCACAAAGCUGCUAUCACACCUGGUGCAGAUACUAACUCCAUCAAAGACUUGUUGGUUUCUGUUAACCUCAUGGCUUCUAGAGUUUACGUUGUCCAUGUGAACCCUGACUCUGGUUUAAACGUUUUCUCUGUGGCUAAGUCUCUUGGAAUGAUGGGGAGUGGUUAUGUUUGGAUUGCAACGGACUGGCUACCUACAGCUCUGGACUCUUUGGCUCCUGUGGAUACGGAGACGAUGGAUCUCUUGCAAGGAGUGGUUGCUUUUCGUCAUUACACAACUGAGAGUAGUGUGAAGAGAAAGUUUAUGGAGAGAUGGAAGAGUCUUAGACCAAAAGAUGGAUUCAACUCUUAUGCAUUGUAUGCUUAUGAUUCCGUUUGGUUGGUUGCUCGUGCUCUUGAUGUUUUCUUCAAGGGAAACAACAAAGUAACGUUCUCCAAAGAUCCGAAUCUGCAGAAGACAAACAGUAGUAGUAUUCAGUUAUCUGCACUAAGUGUGUUCAAAGAAGGAGAGAAGCUUCUUGAGAUCAUUCUUGGGAUGAAUCAGACUGGUGUAACCGGGCCUAUCCGGUUUGAUUCAGAGAGAAACCGGGUUAACCCGGCUUAUGAAGUUUUAAACAUAGAAGGCACAGGUCCAAGGAGAGUUGGCUACUGGUCUAACCAUUCAGGUCUCUCUGUGGUGGCUCCAGAGACGUUGUACUCUAAGCCUCCAAACACAUCUACAGCAAACCAACGUCUCUAUGGAAUCAUAUGGCCAGGGGAAGUGACUAAGCCUCCUCGUGGUUGGGUGUUUCCUAAUAACGGAAAGCCGCUUAAAAUAGCAGUGCCUAACCGUGUGAGCUAUAAAGAUUACGUCUCUAAGGACAAGAACCCACCUGGUGUUAGAGGCUAUUGCAUUGAUGUCUUUGAAGCUGCGUUAGAGUUGCUUCCAUAUCCUGUUCCAAGAAACUAUAUAUUAUAUGGAGAUGGGAAGAAGAAUCCUUCUUAUGACCAUCUCAUCAAUGAAGUUGUUGCAGAUAACUUUGAUGUAGCGGUUGGAGAUUUAACGAUUACUACAAACAGAACAAGGUUUGUAGAUUUCACACAGCCGUUUAUAGAGUCAGGGCUUGUGGUGGUGGCUCCGGUUAAGGAAGCUAAGUCUAGUCCUUGGUCAUUCCUGAAACCAUUCACUAUAGAGAUGUGGGCUGUCACUGGAGCCUUCUUUCUACUCGUUGGAGCUAUUGUCUGGAUUCUUGAACACCGCUUUAACCAUGAGUUCAGAGGCCCUCCUAGGCGUCAACUCAUCACCAUCUUCUGGUUUAGCUUCUCAACGAUGUUCUUCUCUCAUAGGGAGAACACGGUGAGCUCAUUGGGGAGACUAGUGUUGAUCAUAUGGCUAUUCGUGGUUCUGAUCAUCAACUCAAGCUACACAGCUAGUCUCACUUCAAUCCUAACCGUUCAACAACUGACAUCUCGGAUAGAAGGAAUAGAUAGCUUGAUAACAAGCAACGAACCAAUAGGAGUUCAAGACGGUACAUUCGCUAGAAACUAUCUGAUCAACGAGCUUAACAUAUCUCCACACAGGAUUGUUCCACUAAGAGACGAAGAACACUACCUUCUUGCUCUCCAACUUGGUCCCAAAGCUGGAGGUGUUGCAGCCAUUGUAGACGAGCUUCCUUACAUAGAAGUCCUUUUAACAAACAGCAACUGCAAGUUCCGUACAGUAGGACAAGAGUUCACACGCACAGGCUGGGGUUUCGCGUUCCAGAGAGACUCUCCUUUAGCUGUAGACAUGUCAACGGCUAUCUUGCAGCUGUCUGAAGAAGGGGAGCUGGAGAAAAUCCACAGGAAAUGGCUUAACUACAAGCAUGAAUGCUCUAUGCAGAUCUCAAACAGUGAGAACUCUCAGCUUUCACUCAAGAGUUUCUGGGGGCUCUUCCUUAUCUGUGGCAUCACUUGUUUCAUAGCACUUACUGUCUUCUUCUGGAGGGUGUUCUGGCAGUACCAGAAGUUAUUACCAGAUACUGGGGAUGAGGAAAGGGCAAGUGAAGUGACGGAGCAGGCAUCUAGAUCAGGGAGAGGUUUAAGAGCACCGAGUUUCAAGGAGUUGGUGAAGAUUGUGGAUAAGAGGGAAGCAGAGAUCAAGGAGAUACUGAAACAGAAGAGUAGCAAGAAACUCAAAAGUAGCCAAAGUGGAGCUGGGAGUUCACAUUCUCAACAUAAUAGCGAAAUUCCUUAAAUUAGAUAGAGAGAGCUUAAUAAUUUGUUUUAACAUAAACUUAGGGAGGUAGAUAAAAUUUAUCAUAAGAUUUUGUAAUAGCAGAGUUCAAAAGUUCAAGGAACAAAAAAAAAACAGAGAAAAAAAUGUAAAUCUUAUUCUGAUAUGUAAUAAAAGCUCAUCUUGAA